UUGACCAUCAACUCUUUGACCUGUGACCUUCUGUAGUUGUUAUUGUUGUUUUAACUUACUAUAACUAUGAUUUUAAUGUAAAUCUCGUCGAAUAUUCGUUAUUUUUAAUCUAGUGUCUUCAUUCAGCCAAUUGUCUUUAGUGUACAAACACUGAAAUAUGGAGAAACUGGUAGUAUCAGCUGAAACAGAUGAAAGAUCGACCAUCGAAGAAAUCCCGGCAAUUGAGGAAAAUGAUGGAUUGAUUUUAAAUGAGAAUGCUGAAAAUAUGGAGGAAGAAGGUGAAUCUGCUGUCCUGCAGCCAAAACAACUUGUUUUAGAAGUUCAAGAAGAUAUGCCUAAACAAGAUGAUACUGGAGAUGAUGCAUCAAAUGAUCAAAGUUUAUAUGUGAUUCAGUCAGAUCAAUCUACUGGGCAGGCAUUCGUUACAAGUCAGGAAGCUACUUCCCAAGCUGGUAAUGUUCUCACUUUGGAACAAUUAACUCCUGGGAAAUUGAUUGAACUUCAAAAUAAGGGUUUGAUACAGAUUUCUACUGGACCAAUCGCAAAUAAUACAGGUGGAAAUAAUGGUCAGAAUUCUAUCCACAUAGCCGUUGAACCAUCUAAUAUGCUUCGUACUUCAUCGUGGAUGCAGGAAGCAAAUGAAAUCAAAUCAAAAGGUUCUAAUAUCAUAACAUUUGAAGUAUGUGCAGUGUGUGGAGACAAAUCAUCAGGAAGACACUAUGGGGCCAGGAGCUGUGAAGGAUGCAAGGGGUUCUUCAAGCGUAGCAUACGAAAAAAUUUAGCCUAUUCUUGUAGAGGAAAUCGUGAAUGUGAUAUUACAAAAGCUCACAGGAACAGAUGCCAGUACUGUAGAUUACAAAAAUGUUUGCUGGUUGGAAUGAAAUCUGAAAGUGUACAAUGUGAAAGAGCACCAAUUAUUAGAGUGGAUGGGUCACAUUUGGCUUCAGACAGACAAAAAUCAUAUACUCUAGAAGGCCAGGGAAGUUUGAGUACUCUCGCUAAUGUCGUGUCUACAAUAGCAACCAUGAAUAAAAAUGAUCCGAAUCGAGACCAGUCUUCAUUGCAUGAAACUAUUAAAAGCGGGGAUCCUGAUAACUUGGAUAAACAUAUGGGACUGACAGAAGCGUUGUCAAGUUUAAGCCAAACAAUAGGUGCUUUACCGCCAACCUCGUCACAAAAAUCAUAUUUACUCGACAUAUCUUCAGAGGAUUCCUUAUCUCGUCCUGUUGUUGAUUUCGAGGAGGCUUUGAUGCUUGAUAACAACUUCGAUUUCAAAUUAAGCAUGCCCGAUCCCAUACCAGAACAAUUGAAUGUUCAUUAUAUUUGUGAAUCUGCAUCAAGAUUGUUAUUCUUAUCUGCACAAUGGGCCAGAUCUAUAUUUGCGUUCCAGAUACUUGGUAAUGAUUGUCACACUGCUUUAUUGAGAGAAUGUUGGAACGAAUUAUUUACAAUAGGACUCGCUCAAUGCAGUAAACAAAUGAAACUUGAUUCAAUAUUAGCUGCCAUUGUACAACAUUUACACACUGGAUUGAAAGAAGAAAAAUUGACACAAGAAAGAGUUACAGAAGUCAUCAAACACAUUGUUCAACUUCAAGAGUUUGUGAGUGAUUUAACAAAAAUGGGAUUGGAUCACAGGGAAUAUGCCUUCCUCAAAGUCAUGGCAUUAUUCAGUCCAGAUCAUGUUAGAGCAAAGAGCAAAGCACAAGUUCGAAAGUUUCGAUCGAAAGCUUUACAAGAAUUCCGAGAAUAUGAAGAAAAAAUUUAUCCAGACGAUCCUGAAAGGUUGAUAAAUUUGCUUCUAAAACUACCUGUUAUCCGAGGAAUGAACGGGAGCGUCACAGAAGAAUUAUUUUUUGCCGGUCUGAUCGGAAAUGUUCAAAUAGACUCGAUAAUUCCGUAUAUUUUAAGAAUGGAAACUGCUGAAUACAGUUCAGGGUUAGUGACAGAUAGUGGUGACGAAAAACAAUCGGGAGAUGAGUUUAGCGACGGCAAUGGAGCAAAGAAAUACGUACAUUAUAUUACAGAAGGUCAGAAUAUUGCUCAAACGACAACAAGCAUUAUCAUCUCCUCAAAUGAUGAAGGACUACUCUCUACAGAUAAUGUAUACACACACGCAUCGAAAGACAGUAAAGGCAUAUCAGGAAAAUGGUCAAAUGAUGUUGGCUUUGAAGACAGAUAACCCGGUUGGUUGCUAACAUGGUGCAAUUGGAAUUGAGCUGUGGCUUUUUGAUUCAUAUAAAGUUCUAUUUGAUUGUGGCCAAUUAUUAGCACAACAACGAAGUCUUAUGUUUUACAAGGGAAUUGCAUUUUUAUAAUGUCAAAAAUUUAGAAUUUUCGACCCUUAACAAUCACUUAAAAAGUCAAAAUAUUGCUGAAUUUGAUCACAUAUUCUUUUAUUUUUUUGGACAAAUUCAAAUUUUCAGUCAACAACUUAAAAUUAAUAUAACAUAUAUCGUUCAUUUAAAUAUGUUGAAGAUUUCUGAAGACUAAACAAAAUAUUGAUUGAAUAUCAUUGAUGUUAGUCAUCUGAAACUACAUCACAAAUAUGACUACACCUUAAAUUCAUUGUGAAUCAAUUCUACCUUGGCCAAGUACGUGCUUAAGUAGUUAUCCAACAUACAUUUUGGAAUUUGUUGCAAACAUGAGCACAAUGAUCAAAAACCAUGUUGUGGUAUGGGUUCUGUAUUCAGUCCUAAAUGCCACUUUUACACACAUUUUCCAUAUACUGUCAAAGCAUUGAAAUGUGUAGGCUGUUCUCUUUUACUGACUGUUGUUGGUUUUAUGUUUUUGUUCCUUGGAUAAUACAGAAAUUGUUCCUUCAGUUGCAGGAACAGUUGUAUUUUU